CAAUUGAAACCGGAAUCAUUUCCAGAGCGAUCAGAAACAAGAAUCAGAGAGAUAUGUGAUCGUCUAAUCUGAUCGCUGAGGGACGACGAGGAUAGAUUUCAGAUAAAGUCUGGUUUUUCCCGGUUCGCUCUGAAUCUUCCGAAAUGUUGCUGCCAAUAUUGUAAUCAAUUCCUUUCUAGAGAAAGUUGUUUAAACCGGUUAGGCUCCUCCUUCCUCCCGGAGUCUCGGUGCGCUCUUCUGCUCUUCGUGAUUACUCUUCUGUAGGAACUUAAAUUUAAACUUAUAGGACUUUUUGGAUCGGUCAGAGGAACUAGACGAAUUCAGGAAAUUUGUUUGUUUGGUUUUCCGAUUUUGCUCUCCAAUUACUAUAUUUCAUACAGAAGUCUUUUUUUUUUUUUUUUUUUUUCUCUUCAAUGGCAACCACUAGAUGGAAAGAAUGGAAGGUGGGAUUACACUAUUAAUUGGGACUCUUAAUUUGCCAAAAGAUGCUGGUGAAAGGCUUGGGCUUGUGACUUGUGAGAUUAUACUUGAUCUCAAACACCUUAAAGAAAUUACAUUUUCUGGUACUCAUAACUCCGUUUCCUGUUAGUCACACCUUCACAUGACUCUGAUUAUAAACUUAUAAUGCAUUAUUAUCCACAUAACUUCUUGAACCAGACACUCAAAUGAUUCCCAACACAAGAUUGCAAGAAAACAAAUGUAUAUAUGUAUGCACACAUAUUGGUUUAGCAUAAUCGAUCAUCUGUGUUACACAAACAGUUUUUAAUGCAGGAAUGCUCGUGAACUCUCACACAAUGAAAGCAGGAAAAGACGGUGAAAGGUACUCUGAUUCUUUUUAAUCCAAAAGCUUCAAGUUUCUGCUAUGCAACUUUCAAUACAAUAUUUAAAUUUAAGUUACACUAGUCCUCAUUAUAAGUUUCCAACCUUAUAAUUAGUAGCAAGAAUAAUCUAAUGAGAGAUUAUUGAAUUAGUUUUAUUAUAAUGAAGACAAAUCAAUGUGAAAGAAUAUUAGAAGACUUAGGUCGAUCAUUAUAUACCUAAUCAUAUAUUCUUCUCUGACUUUUUCUACUAAUUAUUAUAACUAGUACUAAAUCACUUCUUCAUUUCCUAUCCCUUAGUGCCAAACCACAUUAUGACCUUCUCAAAACAAAUCCCUCUCCUUCUGUUCCUCUUCUUCUUCCCUCUCCGAACCGCCUCCUCAGACCCAAAACCUUGCUACACAUCUUCAUGCAGACAUGGAGAGAUGGAUGGAAGGAUAAACGUUCGUUUCCCUUUCUGGCUAUUCCCCAAGCAACCUGAGUCAUGUGGCCAAACAGGAUUCAACCUCCUAUGCACCGAUCAUCAAGAGACAACCAUAAAGCUUCCCAACUCUGGAACAUUUCUCGUCCGAGAUAUCGACUAUCGACUGCAGCGUAUUCGCCUCAACGACCCAAAGAAAUGCUUAGCCAAACGACUUCUCACCUUUGACGCUUCAGGGUCUCCUUUUUCUCCUCUUCACCUUCUCAACUACGUCUUCUUUAGCUGUCCUCGUGAAGAGGACGUCAAUCACUCCCUUUACAAACCCAUUCACUGCCUUGGAUUCGCCGGUGACCUCAACGACCAAGACCUCUGGCUGAAAUGGGACUCCCCGAAUUGCAGUGUUUGUGAGGCAAAGGCUAAUUUGAGAUGUGGAUUCAUAAACAAUACCACCCUCCAAGUCCAAUGCGUCAGUUCUGUAAACUCAGGACUUCACAACACAAGCUUACAAGUACUACAGAUAAUCUGCUUCUCCCUAAUCGGACCAGUCUUCGCCUUGACCUUCUGUGUCGGUCUUGUCAUGUGCAGUUCCCAGAGAGUCUCUUCCCAGAUACAACACGCCAUGAUUUCCGGAUCCGUAACACCGCAGCCAAGCGACCAAGUCAUCACGAGGACGGGUCUCGAUGAGUCUACGAUUGAGUCAUACAAGAAAGUUGAGUUAGGGGAGAGUAGGAGACUCCCGACCGGGUCAAAUGAUGUCGUAUGUUCCAUUUGUUUGUCGGAAUACGCAACCAAAGAGACGGUUAGGUGCUUACCCGAAUGUGAACAUUGUUUCCAUACCGGAUGCAUCGAUGCAUGGCUCAAGCUGCAUAGUUCGUGUCCGGUUUGUCGGAGCAAUCCCUCUCCGUCGCGUGAAAUGUGCAACUAACACUGUAUGUAUGAGUCGAUAUUCCGGCUCUCAGAUUAAUUGUUUUGUAUAUAUGUAAUUUACGUUUGUAAAUAUGUAAUUUGGAUUUCUUGGAUUCUCCAAAAAAAUUUAAUGGAUCUGUUGAGGAACAA